CCACCAUCCACUACCGUCCUGGACCCGCUCGAACCAUGGCGACAGAAGCAGCAGCAGACAUGCCCGUCAAGCUGCCGACGGUGCGUCUGGACACAACGCUGGCGGAGCUCUAUGCCCGGGCCAGCCCCCGGCUAGCUGGCAAGCGCGUCGGCCAGGUACUCUCGGGCACCAACUCGGGCAUGGGCCUGAGCAACAACUUUCCGCGCAAUAGCAAGUACCUGUAUCAAGACAGCCCUUUCAACUCUGCCGACGCCGACCGCGACGAGUCCGAGGCCGCGCGGCGCGAGCUGGCUGUCAAGUACCUAUCGCUGAUACCGCAGCGCGACGCCUUCAUCACGGGCGCCGCGCCUGUCGUGCUCUUCAACCUCGGCACCGACCCGGACCAGCGCGCCCAGGACCGGCGCGAGGCCGAGCGCACCGUGGCCGUCCUGGGCGCCGACCAGAGGCCCGAGCUGAUCUUUUGCCCCGGUCCCGCCGAGAUCCCGGUGGAGGAGGCCCGGCUCGACCUGCUGGCCUGCAAGCUCAUGAUCGACGGGCUCGAGCGGUACGACCUCGUGGUGCCGGCCGAGACGCACUGGUUCCUCAACUCAAAGGCCGCGCUCGCACAGUCGGGCCUGCCCACGCCCGUGUGCGAAGCCGUCGAGCUGUCGGGCCACGGCGCCGAGGCCGGCCUGUGCUGCAAGGCCUGCCAGCGGUCGACCGACGGCUUCGUCGUGCCCGAGCUCUGCACGGGCGAGCGGGGCCGCUGGGUGGACGAGGAGAGCGCAAAGGUCUACGACGCCGUGCGCGCGCGCCGCCUGCCCUUUGUCCUCAAGAACCAGCAGACCUUUGGCGGGGCCGGCACAUACAUGGUCAACACGGAAGAGGACCGCGCGCGGCUGCUGGAGGAGCUGCGCGGCGGCGUGCUGCGGCGGCUGCUGUCGUCGGUGACGGCAUCCAACAGCCACCUCAAGCCGGGCACCAUCCUGCUGUCGCAGAUGGUGGCGGAGCCCAUCGGCGACUACGGCGUCACCUUUUUCGUGACGGACAGGGACGACGGGGACGACGACCCCAUCUUCCUCGCCACGUCGGAGCAGAUGACGGACGGCCCCGCGUGGAUAGGCAGCACCACCAACUACGCGCGGCAGGACGAGCUGCGCGCAAAGUUCGGGCCGCUCGUGCGCCUCGCCGGCCGCUGGCUGAGGAGCCACGGCUACGUCGGGCCGGCGGGCGCCGACGUGCUGGAGACGGCGCCGCACGCGCACGCGCACGGGGACGGGGACGGGGACGACUGCUCGGGGCACGCUGCUGCUGCUGCUGCCGCCGCCCCAGGAGACGCGGACAGGCCCCCGUCCGAGUUUCCGCACUUCCACAUUGUCGACCUCAACGUGCGCACGUCGGGCUCGCUGUGCCUGCCGCUGCUGCGCGGGCACUUCACGUCGCGCGGCCUCUGGUGCGCGUCCUCCUUCUCCGUUAGCGUGGCCAAGACGCGCGAGCAGUUUGUGCGCAAGUUCCGCGCCGAGUUCGAGUCGGGCGCCAUGUGCAUCGUCAGCUGGUACGAGGACCGCCGCGUGCCGGCCGACGGCAAGGGCGAGCCGUCGGUGCUCAGCCUGGCCGACGUGGCUUUGGGGGCCGAGGACAUGGAGGCGCUGGGCAAGGCCAUCGACAGGGUGAGGAAUGCAACUGACGAAGUGACGUUUUAGAUGUGUAGAUGUGUUCAGAGCAUGUCGGCGCGGUUGGAGUCGUGGUUGAUAGACGGAUAUUUUGCUAUAACCUCUGGUGAUAUUGAUGAUAAUACAGAUGACUACUAGAUGCAUGCCGG